AAUGAUGAAAGCAAUUCUCAUUCUUUAUCAGCGUGUUCGCUGUGACCAAGGGUUCAAGGUUGGGACUACCUUAGUCGAAUGUGCGCAUAGGCGAGCAUGGACAGCGCUAUGGGUGACAUGCAAAUUGGGGAGAUAUAUACGUCGGAGAAGAGCGGCUCAGAUGAGAGCGGAGUGGGGUCGGCUGAGGCCCCGUUCAAAACGGUCCUCAGAGCAAUGCACCAUGCUGGGAAGGAGCCUUUCCCAACCAUCUACGUGGAUGCUAAGGAGGAUGGAAUGACCUCCGGCGGCUCCUCCCUCCCGGAUACGCUGGACCCUCACCUCGCCCAAUACGCGUAUGUCGGCGGGUACGAGCCCAGUCAGCUGGACGUGCGCGUCCACCGCCAUCUAGCGGCCGAGCCGCAAGCUUACGUUCAUGCGGCGCGGUGGUGGCGCCACGUGCGGAGUCUGACUGCGGACGCCGGCGGCUGGCCGGAGGGCGACGCCGCCGUUCUGACCAGACUGGGCGUCGAUCAGCUGCUGGGAAAGAAGUUCGAGCCGGCGGCCAAGUCGCAGCUGAAGAAGGUGCAGAAGAUAUGGACGCGCGAACAGCACAAGGCCGCCGAGCGCGCCAAAAAGGAGGCCGAAGACGCCGAGAAGCGCGCGAAGAACCUGGAGGAGGCGCGCAAGGUGACGAUCGCCGAGGAGCCCAGCUGGCCGGCGGCCGUCCGAAUCAAGAUCAACGAGGGCGCCGAGAGCCGGGAUCGGCGCGUCAAAGUCUACGGCUGGGUGCACCGGCUCCGUAGGCAGGGCAAGGCCAUGAUGUUCGUGGUGCUGCGGGACGGCACCGGCUUCCUGCAGUGUGUGCUGACGGACCGGCUGUGCCAGACGUACGAGGCGCUGGUGCUCUCCACCGAGUCCUCCGUCUGCCUCUACGGCACCAUCAAGGCGCUGCCCGACGGCAAAACGGCGCCGGGCGGGCACGAGAUGCAGGUGGACUUCUGGGAGCUGGUGGGCCUGGCGCCGGCCGGCGGCGCCGACACCAUCCUCAACGAGGAGGCCAACCCGGACGUGCAGCUGGACAACCGGCACAUCAUGAUCCGCGGCGAGAACACGUCCAAGGUGCUCAAGAUGCGGUCGGUGUUGACGCAGGCCUUCCGUGAGCACUACUUCAGCCGCGGUUACUUCGAGGUCACGCCACCGACGCUGGUGCAGACCCAGGUGGAAGGCGGCUCGACACUGUUCAAGUUCGACUACUUUGGCGAGGAGGCGUACCUGACGCAGAGCAGCCAGCUCUACCUGGAGACGGCCAUCCCGGCGCUGGGGGACGUGUUCUGCGUCGCCCAGAGCUACCGGGCCGAGCAGAGCCGAACACGACGCCACCUGGCCGAGUACACUCACAUUGAGGGCGAGUGUCCGUUCAUCACAUUCAGUGACCUGCUGGACCGUCUGGAGGACCUCAUCUGCGAUGUGGUGGACCGCGUGCUCAAGUCACCAUUCAAAGACAUCGUUUACGAGCUGAACCCGGGCUUUCAGCCGCCGAAGAGGCCGUUCCGGCGGAUGGACUACGCCGACGCCAUCGUCUUCCUCAAGGAAAACAACAUCACCAAGGAGGACGGCAGCUUCUACGAGUUCGGCGAGGACAUUCCCGAAAUGCCGGAGCGGAAGAUGACGGACAUGAUCAACGAGCCCAUCAUGCUCUGCCGCUUCCCCUACCAGAUCAAGUCGUUCUACAUGUCCAAGUGUGCGGACGACCCGCGGCUCACUGAAUCGGUGGAUGUACUCAUGCCCAACGUGGGGGAGAUUGUGGGUGGCUCGAUGCGCAUGCACGACCUGGCGGAGCUGGAGGCCGCCUUCAAAGAGCAAAAGAUCCCUUCGGAACCAUACUACUGGUACAAAGAUCAGAGGGUGUACGGUACCACGCCGCACGGCGGCUACGGCCUGGGCCUGGAGCGGCUGCUCUGCUGGCUGCUGAACCGGCACCACAUCCGCGAAGUGUGUCUCUACCCGCGAUUCACCGGCCGCUGUCGGCCCUGACCGCGACACCCAAACGCGCACCGCGCGGCGCCGCUCCCCCGCGCCGCCAGCAGACCAAAGUCUUAUUUAUGCGCCCACCUGCCCGCCCGCCGGCCCACCGGCACCCUAUUCUCCCGUGCGACCGGACAAAUACAUCUGGAUGUGAG